ACACAGAUCUAAGGAAGAGAGGAGGAUCCUUAACGGAAUUACCCUGCGGCAAGGAUUGAUUCCCGGGGCAGACUUCCUGCAGACCCAACAGGCAGCCGGCCCCAAAGACUUCUGGCGCUGAAAAAAUGGAGGCUGAAGAGGAGCGCUUUCCUACACUAAGGCAAGUCCUGCUUCUCUUUGUUUUUCUGGCUCAGACUAGCGCAGAGCAGAAAGGUUAUAGCGUCGCAGAAGAAACCGAGGGUGGUUCUUUUGUGGCCAAUCUAGCAAAGGACAUAGGGCUGGAGGUAAGGGAGCUGUCUGGGCGGAGGGCUCGUGUCAUUUUUAACAACAACAGAGAACAUUUUCAGCUGAACCUUCAGACUGGAGAUUUACAAGUACAUGAGAAACUGGAUCGGGAAGAGCUGUGUGGUCCCACUGAGCCUUGUGUGCUGCAAUUCCAGGUGUUACUGGAAGAGCCUUUGGAAGUCUAUAGGUUUAAGCUUUUGGUCCGUGACAUAAAUGACAAUUCACCUGUGUUCCCGAAAGCAGAAAUGAUUUUGAAAAUCAUGGAAAGUACUCUUCCAGGGACUGUGUUUCCCCUGAAAAAUGCACAAGACUUGGAUGUGGGCAUCAAUAAUGUUCAAAACUAUACCAUCCACCCCAACUCCCACUUCCACGUUCUUACCAGAAAUGGCAGUGAGGGCAGAAAGUACCCAGUGCUGGUUCUGGACAAAGCUCUAGAUCGCGAGGAGCAGCCGGAGCUGAGGUUAACGCUCACGGCAGUAGAUGGCGGAGCUCCUCCCAAAUCUGGCACCGCCCUGGUCCUCAUUGAGGUGUUGGAUAUCAAUGACAACGCCCCAGAGUUUGUGCAGCCGCUCUAUAGAGUGCAGAUCCUGGAGAACAGUCCUCUGGGCUCCCUUGUUGUCACUGUUUCCGCGAGGGAUUUAGACACGGGAAUAAACGGGGAAGUGUCCUACUCAUUCUUUUAUGGCGAUGAAGAGAUUACUAGGACAUUUGCACUUAAUGAACGCACAGGUGAAAUUACAAUCAUUAGGAAACUAGAUUUUGAAAAAACUGUUUCAUAUGAGGUGGAUAUUAAGGCGUCUGAUGGGGCAGGUCUUUCUGGAAAAUGCACUGUCAUAAUACAGGUGGUGGAUAUAAACGACAACACCCCAGAACUGAAGGUGGUUUCACUUACAAGCUCCAUUCCAGAAAAUUCCCCGGAAAUGACCAUAGCUCUUUUCAGUGUUCAAGACCCAGACUCUGGGGAGAAUGGAAGGAUGGUGUGUUCCAUCCAGGAAGAUCUCCCUUUCACGCUGAAACAUUCCGUUGAGAAUUUCUACAAGCUGGUAACAGAAGGACCUCUAGACAGAGAGAACAAGGCCGAGUACAACAUCACCAUCACCGUCACGGACAUGGGGACCCCCAGGCUGAAAACCCAGCACAACAUCACCCUGCUGGUCUCCGACGUCAACGACAACGCCCCCGCCUUCACCCAAACCUCCUACACCCUGUUCCUCCGCGAGAACAACAGCCCCGCCCUGCACAUCGGCAGCGUCAGCGCCACAGACAGAGACGCGGGCGCCAACGCCCAGCUCACCUACUCGCUGCUGCCGCCCCGCGACCCGCAGCUGCCCCUGGCCUCGCUCGUGUCCAUCAACGCGGACAACGGCCACCUGUUCGCCCUGAGGGCGCUGGACUUCGAGGCGCUGCAGGCGUUCGAGUUCCGCGUGGGCGCCACGGACCGCGGGUCCCCCGCGCUGAGCAGCCAGGCGCUGGUGCGCGUGCAGGUGCUGGACGCCAACGACAACGCGCCCUUCGUGCUGUACCCGCUGCAGAACGGCUCCGCGCCCUGCACCGAGCUGGUGCCCAGGGCGGCCGAGCCGGGCUACCUGGUGAGCAAGGUGGUGGCGGUGGACGCAGACUCGGGCCAGAACGCCUGGCUGUCGUUCCAGCUGCUCAAGGCCACGGAGCCCGGGCUGUUCGGCGUGUGGGCGCACAAUGGCGAGGUGCGCACGGCGCGGCUGCUGAGCGAGCGCGACGUGGCCAAGCACAGGCUGGUGGUGCUGGUCAAGGACAAUGGCGAGCCCGCGCUGUCUGCCAGCGUCACGCUGCACGUGCUGCUAGUGGAUGGCUUCUCGCAGCCCUACCUGCCGCUGCCGGAAGCGGCGGCCGACCAGGCGCAGGCCGACCCGCUGACCGUGUACCUGGUCAUCGCGUUGGCGUCGGUGUCGUCGCUGUUCCUGUUCUCGGUGCUGGCGUUCAUCGCGGUGCGGCUGUGCAGGCGGAGCAGGGCGGCCUGGGUGGGUGGCUGUUCGGUGCCUGAGGGCCACUUUCCGGGCCACCUGGUGGACGUCAGCGGUACUGGGACCCUGUCCCAGAGCUACCAGUAUGAGGUGUGUCUGAAUGGAGGCUCAGGAACCACCAGAGAGUUUAAGUUCCUAAAAUCUGUUGCCUCCAACCAUCCGGGGUCUGUGAAUGGUGUGGAGGAAAACUCUAAUUUUGUAAAUGGUUUUGGAUUCAAUUAGGAAUUUGUUAAAUUUUCAGAGCAUUCCAGGUGAAGAUUAGCUCUUUUAAAAUAUAUUAUGUCUCCCUUACCAAUUUUAGUACAUACAGAUUUUCUUUGAUUUUAUUUCCUAGUUAAGGAGAUUAGAAACUUUAAGUAUAUACUCAUGGUCUCUUUCUCUCUCUCUGUGUGUGUGUGUGUUAAUUCUCACCCAAGGAUUUUUUCCCAUUGAUUUUUUGUUUUUAGAGAGAGAGAGUGUGUGGAAAGAGGGCGAGAGACAGAGACAGAAACAUUGAUGUGAAAGAAAAACAUUGUUCAGGCAGGGCAUGGAAUUGAAACCUUUAAUUUGCAGGAGGAGGCUCUGUUCACAGAGCCAACCCGUCUAUGGCUUGUUUACUCUCUUUUUAUCAUUUCUAUUUGACUAAGACAAAGAACUUGCAAAUGUACUUCAUACUAAAAAGUAUGAAUAUUUGUUCAAUUUAUCAACUCUUCAUCAACCACAAUUGAUUUGAAGAUAACCCCAGGACCAUUUUCUGUUUGAAUGUUGUCCAGAAACAUUUUAAAAAUUUUGAUGUUGUGGUUUCUUAGGAGACAGGCAUGAUACAAAUCUAAUGAGUUAUUAAGAUAUCUUCAGUUUAAUAUGUCUACCCAUCUAAAAUUUUUGAAUGGAGAAGUGUCUGCAAAAAUUGCAUGUUUUUUUUCACAGUAGUAUUAAAUAGAAAAACAAUGAUUUCUCCCAUACUGGAUUUUCACCUCUUUAAAUCAACCUUCAGUAUAUGAUAUAUAUGAGUAUUAUUUUUAAAUUAAAUUUAUUGGGAUGACAUUGGUUAAUAAGAUUAUAUAGGUUUCAAAUGUACAUUUCUAUGAUGCAUGAGCUGUAUAUUGCAUUGUGUGCCCACCACCCAAAGUCAAAUCAUUUUCUGUCACCAUAGUGAAAGAGUAUUAGAUUAUUUCCAAAUAUUUAAAUAAUAGAUCCUACCACAUCUCUUUCUGGAAACUUCUCUUCAGUAGAUGUCUACUGUUGCAGCCAUGUUUAUUUUAAUGACCCCUCUCUUUUUGUGAUUUCAGACAGUCAGACAAGACAUUGCUUAUCCAAGCUAUGCCAAUCUGAUUCUCUCUCUGUUUAAAAAAUUGCUUUGGAAACCAGAUAUAAAAUAGUCUCUUUGUUAGGAACUUAAUAAGAAAAUGAUAUUAUGCUAGCUAAAUACAUGGAAAGCACAGAAAAUCAAUCCACUUACAAGAAGGAAGGAGAUGCCCAAAGAACAACCUAAUUGUAUAUUUUCCAUUUUCUCCCAAGUUUGCUUUCUCCUUUGGGUUUUUGGAAAUAAAUGGUCUUUUAAUAAAUUUCUCUCUAAUUAA